UCCUUCGUGCCUCCUAGGCUUUUGAGGAUUUGGGGCUGAGGGGCAGGCUAUCUGCUUUCUUUAUUGCUCUUUCAAGAGGUGUCGUGGUUUUGCAGUGUCAAAACAAGUGCAGUUUGCCUCCUGAUUGCUUCUGUGUGAUGCACGCUGCUCCAGCUGUGGGACUCCUUUUGCUGCUCCCUAUAGUUUGUUUGCAUGCUCCCUUCCUGCCUCCAGUCCUCUGCCUUCCUGUGUUGAUGUUCUCUCAGCUGCAAAUACAGUGUGUGUGUGCUACAGGGGGCAGCCCAAAGCCAGGAGGUACUCUGAAGCACUGUCAACCGUAAAGCAUAGGUGAUUCCCCCUCUUUUAUGAUGUUGGCCCUUGACAUCAUGGCUGCUAUGGCUGAACUUGCCCACCAACAUCCCAUUACAUGUUGGCCUCGAGUUGUGCCAGGGGAGGUUUAGGUUGGAUAUCAGGAAACAAUCCUUUAUAGAAAGGGUUGUUAAGCACUGGAAUAGGCUCCCCAGGGAGGUGGUUGGGUCACCAUCCCUGGAUGUACUUGAAAACCUUGAAUGUACUUGAAAAUGUGGUGCUCAGGGACAUGAUUUAGCAGAAGGUUGUUAGAGUUAGUGUAGUUUGGUUAGGUUGUGAUUGGACUUGAUGAUCUUUAAGGCCUUUUCCAACUUGACCAAUUGUAUGAUUCUAAGCUGUUGCCAAACAAGAGAUGUCAGCAGAGGGGCAGACUGGCACAGAGCUGUGACAUGAAAGUGGGGUGAAGCAAAAGUGUAGAAUUGAGUACUGGUACAGUUGUUUCCCUGCUCUGUCUGCUCCUAGGCCAUUGCCUGCUGCUCUCCUGAGCAUCCAGCUGCCUGGAAGCUGUGCAAAGAAGUGAGGCAAAGCAGAACAGCACAUUGCAUGUGGCAUGUGUCUCUUAUAGAGCCACAAUGCAUGAUGCAGUUCACAUUCUACAUUCUGAUAUACCUCUGAGUGUGAUUAACCUGUUGUGUAGUAUGUCAUUACAGAAGGCAGAAAGCAAGCAGUUAUUCUCACCUGAUGGUUAAGCAGUAGAAUCCCUCUAACAUCUUUAAGGAGGAGGUGUUUCUUUCAGCUCUCUUGAGCUGCAAGGGUGUGUGGUAGCGGCCCCUCCAGUCUGGAGAUGGCGAAGGUAUAUGAGAUAUAAUUUACUUUGAUCAGUGAGUGUUUGUGGUCAUGGGCAGAUAUUUUUGAUGUGGCAGUUUGUCCUUUUUCUUCUCUAUUGUAUUUUAUGAAGGAUAGACUUCAAUCUAGGAAUAUAUUCAACAUGUGAAAUAUUCAGAGGCUGGAGGAACUGCCUGGAGCCAAGAUGCAGUGAGGGAGGAAGGACUGAUUUUCUCACAGUUCUGGGCUUUCAGCUUGCUGUAGUCAAAGCUAAAGAAAAGUGGAGUGUGACAAGGUGCCUAGAAAAAGGAUCACUGCCUACCAGGAGAUGAUUGCAGUCCUACCUUGCACAGCCAUUGCUGCCAUUCUAUUCAGGAGGCACUUCCUAAUGGCGCUGAUUUCAUGUUUAUUCUGGAAUACAUUUGGCUUUAGUACAGCUGUGGGCUCUAAACCCAACAUACUUUUGUUUCUGGCUGAUGAUCUCGGCAUUGGAGAUGUAGGAUGUUAUGGGAACAAUACCAUAAGGACCCCAAACAUUGACCGCCUGGCAAGAGAAGGAGUGAAGCUUACUCAGCACAUUGCUGCAGCUCCGCUCUGCACUCCAAGCAGAGCAGCUUUUCUCACUGGCAGAUACCCCAUCAGAUCAGGAAUGGCUUCCAGCAAUCAAUACCGAGCACUGCAGUGGAAUGCUGGGUCAGGAGGGCUCCCUGAAAAUGAAACAACUUUUGCCAGACUUCUACAGCAACAAGGCUAUACCACUGGGCUGAUAGGAAAGUGGCAUCAAGGUGUAAACUGUGAAUCCUUCAAUGAUCAUUGUCACCAUCCCCUAAAUCAUGGGUUUGACUACUUUUAUGGCAUGCCUUUUACACUUAUAAGCAACUGUCAAGAAAACAAGCCUCCAGAUAUGGAUGUAGCCCUUCAAGACAAGCUUUGGCUUUACAGUCAGAUAAUUGCCCUUGCUGUUCUUACUCUUGCUGCUGGAAGACUGACUGGUUUGGUUUCCAUCCGCUGGAAGAUAAUUGCCUGUUUCACGUUGGCGGGCUGCCUUUUCUUCAUUUCUUGGUACUCCAGUUAUGGAUUUGUGCAGCGUUGGAACUGCAUCCUAAUGAGGAACCAUGAUAUCACUGAGCAGCCAAUGAGAUUAGAGAGGACUGCUUCCCUCAUGCUGAAGGAGGCAAUGUCAUUUAUCAAAAGAAACAGACAUGGACCAUUCCUUCUCUUUGUUUCCUUUCUUCAUGUUCACACACCUCUCUACACCACAGUGAAAUUUCUUGGGAAAAGCCAUCACGGUUUGUAUGGAGACAAUGUAGAAGAAAUGGACUGGAUGGUGGGCAAAAUUUUAGAUUUGCUUGACAAGGAAGGUCUGAAAAAUCAUACAUUUACAUACUUUGCCUCUGAUCAUGGAGGACACUUGGAAGCUCAGAAUGGUUCUACCCAGAUGGGUGGCUGGAAUGGCAUUUAUAAAGGUGGAAAAGGCAUGGGAGGUUGGGAAGGAGGGAUCCGUGUGCCAGGAAUAUUCAGGUGGCCAGGAGUGUUACCUGCAGGCAUUGUUAUCAAUGAACCUACGAGUCUGAUGGAUAUUUUUCCCACGGUUGUUCAUCUGGCUGGAGGAAUAUUGCCUCAGGACAGGGUAAUCGACGGACGAAACUUGAUGCCUUUACUCCAAGGAAGAAGUCAAAAGUCAGAGCAUAAGUUUCUCUUUCACUAUUGUGGAUCCUACUUGCAUGCAGUGCGAUGGCACCAAAAGGACAGUGGAGCUGUCUGGAAGGCUCAUUAUGUGACCCCAGUCUUUCAUCCAGCUGGGGCUGGGGCUUGUUAUGGAAAAAGAAUUUGCCCAUGUUUUGGGGAAGGUGUGACCCAUCAUGAUCCUCCACUACUGUUUGACCUCUCACGAGACCCUUCUGAGUCCCAGCCUCUGUCAGCUGACACCGAGCCCCUCUUUGACACUGUAAUAGAGCGGAUUGGGAGAGCCAUUGAAGAGCACCGCAGGACACUGACUGCAGUCCCACAGCAGCUCUCCAGGUACAACAUCAUCUGGAAGCCAUGGCUGCAGCCCUGUUGUGGGAUGUUCCCGUUUUGUUGGUGUGAUAAAGAAGGUGAAAACACACAGAGUUUGUGAGAUGGAUGACUGCUAUCAUGUCCUUUGGCACUGAGUCCUUUGCUGACCAAGCGUUCAGAAAAUAAUCAUGUCCUUUGUCUUGCAAGCCAAGUGAAUGAAAAUAAAGUAAUUUUGAGUUGA